CACCGGAACUUCACCAUGGCGGGGUAACGCGCGAACAAUGAAAUUGUAAAUUUCACUACUUUUCGUUUCGAUUUUAAAUGUCCAGGAAUCGACACCACAAUUCUUUGGAAAUCGCGAAAGAAAGCUACACAUUUUACUGAUUUUAGUACUGAAAACACACGGAAAAUAUGUCUAGUUCUCGAAAUUUCUGCUCGUAUGGCCCCUGCAGUCCUAUGCUUACGGAUUUAUAUCAGAUCACAAUGGUUUAUGGCUAUUGGAAAGCUGGCAAGCAAAAUGAUCAUGCGGCUUUCGAUUUGUACUUUAGAAAGAAUCCAUUUCAUGGGGAAUUUACCAUUUUUGCUGGGCUGCAAGAGUGUUUGAAUUACAUAGAGAAUUUUAAAAUCACUGACCAGGGUACAUUAUGUUUUGUUUGCAUAUUUAAUGUAGUAAUUUAUAAAAUGUUGGGAGCACGUUCAUUUUAACAUUUUAAAUUUGGAAAAGCCCAAAUCUUCAUCACUUGCAAAAUUGCAAAUAUCUAUUUGCAUCGAUGAAGAUUUGAGCUUGCAGAUGGAAGGUUUUCCAAGUUGGUUGACUUUGUACCAGGCACAUGUUGUUAAGAGGUUUAAAGGAUAAAACAAAGAAAUGGCUUGUAGUAAGAUGUAAUAAAAAUUUAACUUGUUUUGCAUUUCACAUUUUCAUUUCUGGGGCACAUAAUAAAUAUGCCCCAUUCUUUAACCCAUUAAACACCAGAGCUCUGCCCUUGGCUAGUAAAAUUGUCUGGCGUUAGACGGUUAGCACUUUUUUCCAUGCAGCAAACCGCCCUAUCGAUUUUGUAAAGUCGUUUCGUUUUGGAUUUUUUUAUUAAUUCGGUUAGAUUUAGGGUUGAGGUUUGGGUUAGGGGUUAGAGUAGGGGUAGGGUUUGGAUUAGUUACAUAGCCAUUUAACACCUCUUCUAUCUUGCGAAAAUGACGUCAGGUCAGUUUGCUGGAUGGAAAAUAGUGCUAACCGCAUUAGACGGAGUAAAAUAAUAAAGUAAGAGUUUAAUUAAACAGCAUCCAAUGCGCGGUGUAAAUCACUUUGGGAAAUUGGAAAAAUUGUGCGAGGGUAGUUGUCUUCAAUAUGGGUCAUUUCGGAAAAGAUUCACACUCCUCCCGACGGAGGAAAUUUCUUCUGUGGAGGGAAGAGAAAUUUGUUUCUGAUAAUAAAGACGUAAUAAUAGUGUAAGUGCAUUAGGACGUCCAAAGGGGAUAGGGGGGUUAGCUUCCAAUUUCUUCUUUGGGGAAGGUAUGGAUGGUUUUCUGGGGACCUGACCCAGUGCAAUGUCUGCUGGUGCUGUAGGUUGUCAAAUUGAACACAUUACCUAUUUUUAACUAAUAUACAUUUCUAGUUAUAGAUUAGAAUAGAUAAUGGACAAGUAGCUACAUUUUAACUGUAAACAAUUUGGAAUUUGUAAAGUUGCAUGUCUGUUGUGACUUUCUGAUAAUAAAGACGUAAUAAUAUUCUCAUCUUCACAUUUCCAGAUGUUGCGUAUCUUAGAACCGUCUUCCCCGACACGACAGAGGAAGAGUUCUACACAUUCUUCAAACAACUAAACACAUCCAAAGUUACAGUAAUGGCCAUUAAGGAAGGUUCGGUUGUCUUUCCUAAAGAGCCACUAUUGGUUAUCUCUGGACCACUUGCAGGUUGCAAUAAUUUUCAAUUUCUUUCGCUAAUUAUAAAAACUUUGCUCUUAAUCUACAUUUGAAUUGUGAAAGUGCAUAUAUGCACUCUUAAAAAUCUAUAAUUUUACACUUUUUAGUCACACAAAUGAUGGAGACAACUUUAUUGACAUUAGUGAAUUAUGCAAGGUAUAUUUCUUUUUGUUUCAUUUUUAGCACAUAUGUGUUUGCAAUUUGUUUACCAAGCACCAGUGCAGGUUUUUAUCAGGCAUAUUCCAGUGUCAAAAAAAUAUUUUGCACCCCCCCCAAAAAAGUUUUCCCACCCCACCUAGAGAAAUUUGCACCCCACCCCCCAAAAAGAAAAUUUAAUCAAAAUCUGAAAAUCCAUCUAUCUGAAAAUGCCUCUAGUGGAACAAGAAAUGAACUGUCCAGUAAAAUUAGUUUUGUUUGUUCGUAUACGUAUCAACAUGUAUUUUAUGUUUAUUAUUUGUCCGAUCUUAGCCUGGUUGCGACGAACGCAGCUCGGUUUCGACUUGCAGCUGGACCAGGGAAAACCUUGUUGGAAUUUGGUUUACGUAGAGCACAAGGACCAAAUGGAGGACUCUCAGCUUCCAAAUAUUCUUAUAUGGGAGGUAAACUUAGUACAUUACUUUUUGACUUAUAAUCUCAAAUUUAGUAGAUGGGGGAGGGUUCCUCCUGGGACUGCAAGGGGUGGAUUUCCCCUGCACGAAGUCUUGACUUCUCAGUGCAACCUCCUGAAAUGGAUAUCUCACACCUGCAAAUGCUGAAUAUCUAUUCUUGCCUUCCCCCCCCCCCCCCUUCUCCUGCAAAAUUUCUCUUCCUCCCCUAGAAACUCUGUCCUGCAUUGAAACUACCUGUUUACUCCUCUCUGGAAAAUCUCCCCUCCCAUGAGAAAUGACUUCUCCCUCUGCAGGAAAUCUCCCCUUCCCUGGAAAGUUUUCCCUCCCCUCGAGAAGUCUGCCCUUCACUCUCCUGGAAAACCUCUCUCUAACUUCCUGUAGAACUGCCCUCUCCCCAUUCGUGUAGAAUCUGCAUACAAUAGGCAUGAACACACAUUUUGGUCAACUCCUCAACACUUCUGAAACACAAGAUAUUGCCAGAUAGUUUGGUUAAACUGUUAAGGUCCGGACACACCGCACGCGAUUCGAUUUUUUAGUUUUUGAAAGUUAAUAUGUAGAGCAAAUAACUCAAAAUGUUAUACCGCUUCUAAAUAUUUGGAAAAUUUAAACUAGAAUCAAAGUUAUCCGUCAGUGAAAAUCGAAAAAUCGCGUCGCGUUAUAUCGAAUCGCGUCCGGUGUGUCUGGGCCUUUAAGCCUGCCGAGAGCUAGAAACUUGCUCAGCUAACGCCUCGCGUGGCAGCUAGCUCAGCAUGUUUAUCUCGUGUGCGGAUAGUUUUCUUGAAGAUUUAUAACCUCUCGAGGCCUUGAGGAAAAUAUCUAUCGUAUUUUCUAUUUUUCACCUCGCGAGGAAAAAAUCUCGACGUCUGCGGAUGUUGCGAGCUUAUUGCUGAGCUGCUUGAAUUAACUAGCCAAUGAAAACCCAUAGUUUCUUCACGUGACCUUGGUCGAACUGGCGACAAUGGCGGGAAAUGCAAACGAUCUUAUUAACGAUGUUGGUUUCUAUGUAGCUACUAUUUAAAACACGAGCGCAGCUCGACUGUGAAUGUUUUCAAUGGCUUAAAAAACAACCCAUCUUAUGAGUUCAUUGGCAAAGUAAUUUUAAAAAUCAGCGUUGUCUAGGUUAAGAAAAUCAAAGCUAAAGUUUAUGUAAAUGAACAUGAUAUUUUACCACAUAUAAAACCACCCACACGACAGUGUUUUCUUUUGUAUUUUGCUCAUGAAUUUUUAAGACAAAUUAAAGUACACUGGUAACGGUUUAAUAUUUUAUCUUUGAGGUUUUGAUGGCACAAGCAAUGUGAUGGCAGGCAUGUUGUAUGGCGUCCCUAUCAAAGGCACCCACGCUCACUCGUUCGUCUCUUCUUUCAACGCCGAAGAAAAAAACCGUAUUGGAAAGUUACAACCAUCAGACCGCUCAAAACCGCCCAGAGAUUUCUACCCUGAGACUGUGAAAUGGCUGAAGAAAUUAGCACCUGUGUUAAAGGUCGUCGAAUCUGAAACAAAUGUCGGAGAGCGUGUCGGUUUAAGCGCUUAUGCCACGGCAUUCCCCACUUCGUUUUUGGCCUUAGUCGAUACGUAUAAUGUUUUAAGGUAAUAGACAUUUCCGGUAAUUAAGUCGCAAC